UCCCACGUGCGACGACCAAAGAAAUAUAUAUAGGAUGCCGUCACUGCUUCCCCCGACUGGUGUUCAGGUGAGAAAAAGCGGAGACGGGAGAACCCAACGUCUGCUAAUAAUAAAAUCAAAUUAAAUAAAAAAGAAAACAAAAAGUCUUUUUUGUUGUCUUUUUAAAUUCUGAGCAAGACCCUUCACUUUCCUCUCGACUUUCUCUCUGUCCAAACGAAGGUACUUUACACACCCUCUUCAAUUAGAGUGAGAUUUAGAUUUGUAUUUUAGUUCAAAAUUAUUUGUCGAGUUAUCAAAUGGCGGGUUGUUCACCGAGCUUGGGGGUAUCAAAUGUCGUGAGCUCCCGAAACGGGGUUGUUUCGGGGAAGGUGUUGAGUCAGAGCGUGGUUGUGGAGAGUGUGAGAUUUAGGAAUGUGGUUAAGGAGGUGGCUUUUCCGGUGUUGAUUAGGAGCAACAAUAGGAGUAGACAGAGGAACCACCGGCUUGUGGUGGUGGCAAAUGGGUCGCAGCCACGUGGAGAGUCGCAGUCCGGCGUAGCUGCGGUCACAGUUGCGAAAGAGGAAGGCGAUAGUGAUAUUGGUGUAGGGAAGGGUAUUGGGGUCUUGGAGGGUGGGUAUGAAGCGAGAGAAGAUGCUGGUGGGAGUGGUGGAAAUGGGAGAUUUACCAAUGGUAGAGGAGGCGGCGGAGGAGGUGGCGGUGGUGAUGACAAUGGGGAUGAUAAAGAAGAAGAGGAGCUUGGACCAAUUUUGAAAUUUGAGGAGGUUAUGAAGGAGACGGAGGCUCGGGGGGCUAGUCUUCCUAGAGAUAUGUUAGAGGCUGCCAAGAGCGUGGGGAUUCGCAGAGUGCUUCUCCUUAGAUAUUUGGAUUUGCAGGGGUCUGUCUGGCCUCUGGGUUUCGCAAUGAGGACAUGCGCUAUACUUCGCAAUCGAAUGUUGGCUGAUCCGUCUUUUCUUUUUAAAGUUGGAACAGAGAUUGUCAUUGAUUGUUGUUGUGCUACAUUUGCGGAAGUUCAAAAGAGAGGCGAAGACUUUUGGGCAGAAUUUGAGUUGUAUGUUGCAGAUCUCUUGGUUGGGUUGGUGGUUAACGUUGCUUUGGUUGGUAUGUUGGCACCCUAUGCUCGUAUUGGGGGACCAUCUCUAUCUAAGGGGUUCCUUGGACGAAUGCAACAUGCUUAUGGAGCUCUUCCUAGCAGCGUGUUUGAAGCUGAAAGGCCAGGAUGUAGAUUUUCCAUACAGCAGAGAAUGGGUACAUACUUUUAUAAGGGUAUCAUGUAUGGAUCAGUUGGGUUUGCAUGUGGCAUCAUAGGCCAAGGCAUUGCAAAUUUGAUCAUGACUGCCAAGCGGAAUAUAAAGAAAUCAGAAGACGACAUACCUGUGCCACCACUUCUAAAGACUGCUGCUCUUUGGGGUGUAUUUCUUGCCGUUUCCUCCAACACCCGCUACCAGAUCAUCAAUGGACUGGAACGCUUGGUCGAAGGAUCAGCUUUUGCAAAGCAGGUUCCACCCAUCGCCUUGGCUUUCACAGUUGGUGUGAGAUUUGCCAACAAUGUGUAUGGUGGGAUGCAAUUUGUUGACUGGGCUAGAUGGAGUGGGGUGCAAUAAGUGCAGGUGUUUCCUCUUUUAUGUUGGAGAUGCCUUCUAACCACUUAAAUGGGGGACUUAAAAAUAAAAUAAAUAUUUAUGCUAAGAAAUCAUUCAAUCGAUUGGAUCCCCUAUUGUAAUAUUUUUGACCUCUAAAAAUGCUAGCAGAUUGAUGUUUUGUCUUCA